CCAGACGGCGCUGUGUUGUGUUGCGCUUCUUUGCGCCUGCCGCUGCGAUGCGGGACUACGACGAGCUGAUUGCCUUCCUGGGCGAGUGGGGCCCCUUCCAGCGCCUCAUCUUCUUCCUGCUCAGCGCCAGCAUCAUCCCCAAUGGUUUCAACGGCAUGUCUGCUGUUUUUUUGGCCGGCACGCCGGAGCACCAGUGCCGGGUGCCCGCCAGCGCCAACUUGAGCGGCGAGUGGCUGAACGCCAGCAUCCCGCUGGAGGAGCACGAGGGGCGGCAGGUGCCCAGCCGGUGCCGCCGCUACCGCCUCGAGGCCCUGGUCAACUUCUCCGCCCUGAACCUGCAGCCUGGCCGCGACGUCAACCUCAGCCAGGUGGAGCAGGAGAAAUGCCUGGACGGCUGGGAGUACAGCCGCGACCCCUACCUCUCCACCAUCGUCACCGAGUGGAAUCUGGUAUGUGAUGAUGACUGGAAAACCCCCCUAACAACAUCUCUGUUUUUUGUGGGUGUGCUGAUUGGAUCCUUUAUAUCAGGACAGCUCUCUGACAGGUUUGGAAGAAAAACUAUUCUGUUUGCAACUAUGGGUGUACAGACAGGUUUCAGCUUCCUGCAGAUAUUCUCAACGAGCUGGGAAAUGUUCACAGUGCUUUUUCUAAUAGUUGGCAUGGGUCAGAUUUCUAACUACGUCGUGGCCUUCAUUUUAGGCACAGAAAUUCUUGGCAAAUCAGUUCGUAUUAUAUUCUCUACAUUAGGAGUUUGCAUAUUUUUUGCAAUUGGCUACAUGUUGCUGCCACUAUUUGCUUACUUCAUCAGAGACUGGCGGAUGCUGCUACUGGCUCUUACUGUACCGGGGGUAUGCUGCAUUCCACUGUGGUGGAUCAUUCCUGAAUCUCCCCGGUGGUUGAUCUCUCAAGGAAGGUUUCAAGAAGCUGAAAAGAUUAUUCAAAAGGCUGCAAAAAUGAAUGGUAUUCCAGUUCCAGAAACACUUAUAGAUUCAGUAGAGAUUCAGGAUUUCAAUGCCAAGCAGCAGCAGCAGGCCAUGCUUCUGGACUUGUUCAGAACCCAAAACAUUGCAGUGAUCACUGUUAUGUCUCUUCUUUUGUGGAUGUUCACAUCAAUUGGCUAUUUUGGUCUGUCACUCAACACCUCCAAUCUGCAUGGAAAUGCCUACCUUAAUUGCUUCCUGUCAGCUGUAAUCGAAGUCCCAGCCUACGUGAUUGCCUGGCUUCUCCUUCGGACCCUACCUCGGCGUUAUUCGAUAGCUGGAACACUGUUCCUGGGAGGAGGUGUCAUUUUGUUCAUCCAGCUGGUACCUCCAGAUCUUCACCUCCUAUCUGUUAUCCUGGCAAUGCUGGGGAAAUUUGGUGUCACAGCUGCCUUCUCCAUGCUUUAUGUCUACACUGCAGAACUCUAUCCAACCAUAGUAAGGAACAUGGCUGUGGGAGCCACUUCAAUGUCCUCUCGAGUGGGCAGCAUCAUUGCUCCUUACUUUGUUUACCUUGGGGCCUAUGACAGAUUUCUCCCUUACAUCCUUAUGGGCAGCCUAACAGUGCUGAUAGGGAUUCUCACUCUCUUCCUCCCAGAAAGUUAUGGGAACCCUCUACCAGAGACGUUUCAAGAAAUGCUGCGAGUUAAAGGACUCCAAAAAAGAAAACUUACAACUAAAUUAGAUCAUUCCAAGACGAAUGAAUUGAAUGACAAGAAUUUGAUUACACAGCUAUGAUUCUACAUUUCUGCCUUUUAAUAUAUGGAUACUUGGACUUUUAAAAAUGUAAUUCUGAAUAGAAAUGAAAAGCUGUUAAUGCUACUGGAGGGUUGUUAUCCUGCAAUUCACAUCUGCUAUGUACCAAAUUUGUGGAUUUGCUUUGAAGUUUCUGUAAAGCUCCUCAUCAAUA